AUGUGUGCAUUAAAAUCUGUUGAAGGAUUGUCUAAAUCAUUAAAAGUAUGUUGGGAAGAUGGAAUUGCAGCACAAUUUUCAUAUCUAUGGCUAAAAGAUACUGCUUUAAGACCAGCUUUAAUUCAUAUUGACUUAAAUACUAAACCAGAAGAUUUACAAAUUAAAAAAGAUAUAUUAACUGUUACAUGGCCAAGGUAUACUGAAUCAUCAUUUACUAGUAAAUUUUUACGUCGUCAUAUAACAAAAAAUCCCAAUAACAAUUUAUUGAUAAAUAAAAAUAUUUUUAAUACACCUGAUCAUACACCAUCUGAAUCAUCAUAUUGUCCAAAAAUUUUAAAUGAAAAAGGUUGCUUAAUAACUUCAUUAAGAUUAGCACCAAAAAUAACUCCAAUGGGAAAUUUUAUAUGGACUGGUAGUAUGAGAGAACCAGCAACUGUCUGGCCAUAUCUUCAACAGAUUCCUUCACUUUUAUCUGUUGAACCAAUUAAUAAUCAACCAGGAACAUUAUAUCUUGUAGAUAUGUAUACUGCUUUAAAAAUAUUUCAAAAUGAGGAACCUCAAUUAUAUAAUUUAUUAAUUGAUUAUCCAUGGGUAUAUAGAUCUGGGCCAUUUGCGGCUCAUCACAAAUUAUUAAAUAUUCAAAAUGGUAAAAUUAUUUCCGCCAUCUUUAAUAAUGAUCAAAGAUGUUCAGAAAUCCCAAUGAAUGAAGAAUUUUAUUUGGCUUUGAAGAAAUUUGGUAUAAUUUCAACAAAGUUAAUGAAAGUUGUCAAAAUUAAUCCGGGUCAAAUACUUUUUAUUAACAAUCAGACAACGUUACUUGGCGCUCCAGCUGAGCAUAAUAGAAUUAUGAAAGUUUGCACAUUUAGAGAAAAUUUCUUUUUCAUUUGUCAUGUAUUAUUAUCACCAUUAACAUUAUAA